CCUUGACCUAGCCUACCGCUACUGGGCCUCUAAAAAUGCCAACUUUGUCUUCUCCUGCUCGGCCUCGAGUACCCGGCACAUCUACUGCUACUGGGUGUGGUAUUGGCCUACCUGCUACUUGAGUGUUUUUUCGCUGCUCUAAGCACGGCGGGCCCCUGGCUCUGCUACUUGAGUGUUUCCCUACUGCAACCCUCAAUGCCACGACCACAGGAACGAGCACCUCCCCUUACACAGCAGAACAGGAGGCGAAAGCCACUGCCGUCUUGAAAGAGAGAAGAGAGAAGGAGGCCAAGAAGAAGGCCUUGCUGGAAGAACAGGUGGCGAAGAAGAAGAAGAUUGAGGAAGAGAUGGUGAGAGAAAUGGAGAGGUUGCAAAAGGAGGAGGAAGAAAAACUCCGAGCGGUAGAGGUGGAAGAAGAGGUAGAAGAAUAGCCACUGGAGAUGAGAAGGAUAAGAGAAAGAGCAGGUCCCAGUGCUGCGAAGGAAGAUCCGUUGGAGAAGAAGAUUAUGGAAUGGGUGGUCAAUCUUUCCCUAGGAGAAAAGGAGGAGGCAUUGAUGUAUGUAACCAGGGAAGAGCAGGAGGCGGCCAUGAAAGAGUGGGAUGCAGAGGAAGAUCCUCUUAAGCGGCAGACAAUCGAAGAUGAGAAGAGGAUGGAGUGGAAGCUGCGACUGAUGAGGGAAAGGAAAAGAAGAGUAGACGCACUGAGCCAGGCGGCAAGGGAAUUGGAAGAAGUUAAGAAACAGGGAGAGCAAGUGGCGGCGUUGGCGGACCUUUUGGGGAAGAUGCCGGUUAUGGCGAGGAACAUAGAGUGCCUGACCCAGGUCCAGGAAGAGCAAUAUCAGUUUGGUAGGAGUCAGGACUUAGCCCUGCGAUCUGUACAACAAGGAUUUAGGGGCUUCGCACGUGAGUUAGUGAUGCAGGUGGGCUUAGAGGUGAAGGCCCGCUUAGAAAACAGAGAGCGUUAUUGCACGCGCGCCAUAGAGGGCGCCAGGCUGGCUGCUCCCAAGGAAGAAGAAGCACGUCCUCGUAGGGAGCCUGUCAAAGUGAAAUUCCCCGACUCCUAUAGUGGAAAGGAGGAGAACUUCGACAAACGGGAAGCGAAUAUUAAGACGUUACUGAAGAAAGAAACAAUCUGGAAGUGGGACAAGGACUGCAAGUCUGCCAUGAAGAAAUUGAAGCAGGCAUUGAUAGAGUACCCAGUCCUUAAGGCUCAGCUCGCUCUGAUCGAGGCUGAGGAACGGCGCCAGCUGGCAGCCGAGGCUGCCCGCCUACAGGCUGAAGCGGCGGCAACAGCUGAGAAGCAGCGGCUACAGGCCGAAGCAGACGCAAAUGCCCAGACACGCCGCAAGGAAGCCGAGGAUGUGCUGCAGCGGCAUGAAGCUGCCAGCAUUGAAAGACUCAAGUUCUGGCAAUUUCAACCGUCCAAUGGCGAUGACGCGACACCGGAAGAGCAGCAUAAGGAGUUCCUCUCCAAAGUCGUGACACGGUUGUUGUACGCUUGCAACUACCAACAGUCCGAGUUAGAGAGACAGAACCAGGAACUGCAGCAACAGUACCAGGAUCUGAAGACAGAACACCAAGAGUUGGCGAACCUCCGCCAGAUACUGUACAGCCACGAGGAUGCUACACGGGCACUCAAUUCCCGUGUACUGGACCUGGAGCAAGCCGUACUAGGACCAAAUGCUGGUGAGUCCAGCAGUGCAUCCUCUAACUGCCAACUAGAGCAAUGCGCCGACCACGUCCUCGCAAUGCUCGGCGACAUCAGCACCUUCGCUGCGCCGACCACCAUCAGCAAUCAGUUGGAUACUUUGAAGACCGAGGUCCAGCAACUGCAGUUGACGAAUACGGAUGGCAACAAUCCAAAGCAAUACAAGAUGACAACUUUUCAACUUGAGAAGUUCGAUGACUACACGCAUCAGAACCCGGUGCUCUGGUGGGAAGCUUUCACGACACAACUUCGGAUUCUACCUGUCGCCAAGCACGCGUACAUCGGCGCCCUGUUCAUGAACUCAAAGGGCGGAUGCCAUAUCUGGUUAACCCCUGGCAGCCACCCACGGCGUCGACGUCGCAGAGCUGAGAGACAAGAUCACAUGGGAAGAGUUAACACGGCUGUGGAAGAAGCGGUUCAUCGUAAUGGGAAGGCGAAAUCAGCAUCCCCGGCUGGAAAUGGAAGUCCCGAGGUAACGGGAUGGCGAAAUCAGCAUCGCCGGCCGGAAAUGGACAGCCUAGUUCGGCUUGACCGAGGCCGAGUACAAGUACCGCGGCUGUUACGGCUGCUGUUACUGGUGCAACAGCACCAAGUACAAGACCUCCCUUUGUUAGGAUCAGGCCAAGGAGGAUGUGCGGCCUCGUCUCAACUCGGGAAACUGAGUUUCGCGGGAGUACCGACUCCGUUGAUGGAUGCCGGAGUAGAGGUUGUCGACCUUCACUCCUACAUUGCGAAGAUCGACCGCGAGUUCAAGACGCAACGGUAUGAGGACAUCGACGCACCAUUGCUAUAUGUACGCAUUCAGAUCGGAGAGGCGACCUGCGGCGCUUUGAUCGAUUGCGGAGCAUCUCGCAACUACAGCCAGGACUUCAUGACAAUCAGAAACGUUGAUCCUCUCCCACGCAUCGACGAUCUUCUCGAGCGACUGGGCGGCGCCAAGUUCUUCUCCAAACUCGAUCUCAAGUCGGUAUAUCACCAACUUGAGAUUCGGCAGGAGGACCGUUACAAGACCGCGUUUAAGACGCGAUAUGGGCAUUUCGAAUGGCUAGUUAUGCCAUUUGGCCUUACGAAUGCCCCCGCCACUUUCCAAGCGGCUAUGACAACGGAGUUCCGACACAUGCUGGAUCGAUACGUACUUAUCUACCUCGACGACAUCCUGGUGUACAGCCGGAGUUUGGACGAGCAUGUGGAACACCUGCGCACCGUUUUGGAGCGGCUACGACAAGCCAAGUACAUAGCCAACCGCGACAAGUGCGAAUUUGCGCGGCAAGAGCUGGAGUACUUGGGACACUAUGUGACGCCGCAAGGCAUCCGUCCGCUUGCGGACAAGAUCGACGCCCUACGAGAGUCCGGUAUGAAGAUGAAGCCAAGUUCGGCUUGGCAUCCACAAACAGACGGGCAGACGGAGCGGGCACAUCAAACCGCUCAAAUGAUGCUUCGUGCACUCAUCCGUCCGGACCAGAAAGAUUUGGUUGACCGCCUCCCCGACAUCGAGUUCGCCUACGACACUUCGGUGCACCCGGCGAUCGGCGUGACUCGACUCGAGUUGCACCACGGUGGACGGAAAGGCCGUAUCUUCCCCGACCUUCUCCUCCCACGACCAACCGACAUCGAUGCCGCUUGCUCUCCUGCUUCCGUCCGGAAGUACAGGGAAUUGCUGGAUCAAGCCCGCGCGAAUAUGCAAAAGCCUCAAGUCCGCAUGGAGCAGCAAGCCAACAGGCAUCGCGUGCCAUGUCCCAUUCGCGCCAGCGACCUGGUUUGGGUUUUCGCGGAAGAGUUUGCACUGGAACAGGAUGUCUCACGCAAACUGCUUCCCAAGUGGUUUGGACCAUGGCCCGUAACAUCAGCCGCGGGCGAUGAGCCCGAUGGCCCUUCAUUUGUGAUCAACAUACACGCCAGCUAAGACCGACCACUUUUCGGGCCGACGAUCGCAGGACCCUCCUUCUAUGGAUGGUCAUCAGGAAGUACGGCAGCAAGUUGACCGCGUCAUCACCGAUCGCAGGAAGUUGACCGCGUCAUCACCGAUCGCAAGUACGGCAGCAAGCCGCGAUAGUACAAAGUUACAUUCAAAGCCUGCGAUCGCGACGACACUCGGUGGAUUUCAGGAGGAGAUUUGAAAGCAUCCGCACCGCUGAUCUACGCGCAUUAUGAGAAACAAAGGUUAGCUCAGGAA